AUGGCCGCCGGCGCUGACGACCCGAACUUCAGCCGCGAGUUUGCUCUUGCGAGAUCGUUGGUCGAAGACGAUACCAAGCUCAAGCCAUUCCGCGACGAAAUUCUGCUUGCCACGACCCGAGUGGGCAGCAGGUUGGAAUCCCCUCCGAAAAUCUUCUUGAGCAUCCAGGACAUCCUGGACGACUUCAAAGUGGCCGUCGUCUUCGGCAAAUGGCUCUUUGCCACUUUGGACGACACUGACCCUGAUCUUCGCGAACCAGGGCAGCAGGAGGCUUGGCUUCUUCUCUCUCCCGGAUGGGAGUUAGUCCAGAACCAGGCAGAAGUGGUCCCAGAGGUGGUCGCGAAAUACUUCUGGGGAACCGGCGCCCUAGUGUUGGGGAAUGGCAACGCCUUCUACACGAAGGCAGAGGCUGGGCGCGCGGGACAGUGCGUGGGCAAGGAGCCUGCAUGUGCCUUUCUUGCUUGCUGA